UACUCCAUUGAAGUGCGUCUUCCACGAGUAAUCGUCUCGGUAAACUGUUCAACAUGCCACCGCGACGGCGUCAUCUCGCUGCCACUCUAUUGGAUAGGAUGAAAGCAGAGAUGCAAUACUUUGCUGGCCUUCACGAGGACACACUGGUCGAUCCAGCCCGCGCCGAGGACCUCUCAGACCUGAUAUCGGAAGCGUUCAGUUCAAAUCUGGCCUUUACCGACAAUAUAGAUGUCCUGAGCAGCAUCGUGGCUGCGCAUGGCUGGGCCGCACGCGCACUCGCCGCAGACGUGCUAAACCGCCCGGCUGGCGUCGUGCUGGAGGCGAUGGUGAGGAUAAUCGAUAGCAUACUUGAUAUAAUGCAGUCUUCCGACCGAGCUGGCCGACUGGUCCGCGCCCUCAUCCGUGCUGACACGCUGGCCGUCUACUCGCGGUUCUGCGCACGGACGCUCGUGCCCACCAGGGGGCCCGCCACCCGCCACAGAGCCCUCCCGCCGGACCAGCUCAAGCUUCUGCUGCUCACGAAUGUGAUCAGAAACCUGCACAGGCUCAUCACGUGCGCGGUGGACAGCCCGGACGCUGGCCUGCAGCAGGAGUUGAUGUCGGCGCUGGCGCACACGCAGCUGCUCGAACACGCAGCCCGGGCGCUGAUGCACGCCGCCCAGUCCACCUCGUCAGCAGGCGUUUCAGGAUCAGCCGCGUCCUCAGCAUCGGGGCCGGCAGAUGAGAGCCGGUCAACCGUGUCAGCGGCAGUGGCCCAUUUCUCCAACUCGCUCAUCUCUCUGGUGGGAGGGAACCUGGCCAUCGUGGCCGUCUGCCCACGGCCCCGGAAGAAGGACGCACUCCACGAUGUCGAGUUCAAUGCACAGCAGCUCGAGCUGCUGCAGCAGCUGCGGCCGCUGCUGGCCGGCCGCUGCGUGCAGCUCUUCGCGGCGUGGGCGGGCUUGUGCGCGGCCAUGGCCUUCCGGCAGCAGGCCGCAGACGGCAGUGUUCAGAAGGCCUUGGCACCGACUGAGGCACAGUUGCAGCACGGGCUGCCGCCUGCGCUAAUACAGUCGCUGCGUCUGUCGCCAGACUCUGCGGAUGUACUACGCGUGGCAACCGCGACACUUAGCACGGUCAUACAGGUGACGGUCAGCGGCCCCUGCGACCUGGCCAUCGCUCAGCCGCCCGCCGGCCACGACCGCCUGCCGCCGCAAAGCCCCCAGCUGCAGCCGCAGACGCAGCAAUUAGCGAAGCCAUCGGUGGGGCCGUCACCAUCAUUACCAUCCUUGUCGGCAGCAGCAGCAGCAGCAGCAGUGCCGUACAGCGCCGUACACGCGUACGGCCUGCUGGAAGAGGUCGGGUACUGCCUGGCCUGCCACGGCAGCUGCCGUGUCGAAAACUUGAGCUUGAUCGCCGUAGUAAUGGGCCGACUGCUGGCGGAGCUGCCGCCGCCGCGGGCGGCGGUGCUGCUGCCGGGCUGGUGGCGGCUGCUAGCGCAGCAGCCGUCCAUGCUCCUGCAGCCGACCUGGUUAGUGCAGGUCGUUGGGGAGCUGCUGCGGCUGCAGCUGAAUGCGCCGCCGCCCGCCGCAUGGGCUGCUGACGCGACGGAUGCAGCUUCCGCGGUUGCGGCGGGCGUGGACUGGCCGCAGCAAGGGGCUGCAGCGCACAACUUGGGAGGAAAGCCCGCCGUUGGGGCUGCCGCUGCGCCGAUAGCAGCAAAGGCAGCAGCCAGCCUGGCGCUUGAGAGGGACCCCAGCUACAGCCUGCGCUGCGCGCUGGAGGCGGGGCUGCUUCCGGCGCUGGAGCGGUGCCUGCGCACCCCGCAGGCCUGGCGGCAGGUCGGCAGUCAGCCGGACAGCGCAUGCAGCCUGCUGCUCGUCGUGAACAGCGUGCUGCGCGACUCAGGCGUGUGGCCCGCAGUGCUGGCGCGCGGUCCCGUGCAGCAGGCGGUGUCGCUGAUUGCCACGCUGGGCACAGCAGCCCGGCUACUGCAGGUGGAGGAGACCUGGUGCGGCGUGAUCAGGCUCGCGUCGCAGCCGGGUACGGAGCGGGGCACGGAGCUCGGCGCCGGGGACCACCUGUGUGCCUACCUGGCCGCAAUGCUGGAGCAGGGUGCGGACGUGCGGGCGCUGCGCGAGCGCGCACAGCGGCAGCGAGAGGGGCAGCCGCAGCCGCAGCAGGAGGCGCGGCAGCCAGCAGCGCAGCGGCAGGGGCAGGGGCCACAGGGGCAGCCAGAGCAGCCACCUCCACAGGGUGCAGCCACCAACGCCGCGACCACAGCCGCAGCCGCAGCCGCAGCAGCUCCCACACUGCACCUGAACUCGGUGAUGGAGGCAAUGCUGCUGGAGGACGGCAGUGUCAGGCCCUCCACGUUCUCCAUCGCCUGGAUGGCGGCGGCGGGCGGCCUGCCCGCGCCCGGCUCCGCAGCGGACCGACAGCAGCAGCUGCUCACCAGCUUUGCGGUGUACCACUGGCUGCCGGUGCUGGCGAAGGCUACACGGGAGGCCAUGCAAGACCUGCAGGCGUGCGCCGGGCGCACGCUGGCGCAAGCGCUCCUAGUGGGGCGCCUGCUGAUGGAUGUGCUCUGGCGCGAGGAUUGCUCCCAGGCAGAAGCGGGCGACGGCGCGGGCGCAGGAGCCGGUGGAAAGGCAAGCAGCCCGCGGCCCGACGGGGCGUGGUGGGACGGCAUGGCGCCGACUGGCGAGUCGCUUGCUAACCACAUGCACCAGAUCGUGUGUGUGCUGGCCACGGGCGCCGUAGAGCCGCUGCUCCAGCAGUGCGACGCGUGGCAGCAGGUGGCAACAUUGGACCUGCUGCAGUCAUACUGGACAUGCUUCGACAACAUGGCGCGCGUGGCGACGUAUUUGCAAGCGAUGGAUGCGGCCCAGAAGCAGCAGCGGCAGCAGCAGCGGGAGCAGCAGCGGGAGCAGCAGCGGCGGCGGCGGCGGCGACCGGAGGAUGUGCAGCAGAACGAGCAGGUGGGUUGUGGCGAGGGCAGCAGCAGCGGCAGUGGAGGCGGCGGCAACUGCUGCAGCCAGUCACUGCACGAGCUGAUGUUGCCGUUCGUGGCGCCGCUGCCGGCUCAGCGCCUGGCGGCGGCUCACGGGCGGCAGGACUUGUUCGAUUACCUGGGCGCAGUGGCGGUGGAAGCGAAAUGGGAGAUUUUGAUUGAGUGCGCAAAUGCUGCAGCCGACACGGACGAGCUUGAGCGCAAGCGCGAGAUAGAACGUAGGUGCGACAGCUUGGCGAGUAGUAGCGACAUAACGGAUAGGUUGAGGGAGAAGUGGUCCGCCCCCAUGCAGCCGCAGUACCCGUGGCUGCUGUCUCAAGGGGAGGUGCGGGCGGGGCUGCAGGACCUGAUGGCCGCACAGGCUGCGGCAGCUGCGGCGGCUGCGCCGGUGCCCAGCGGUACGGGUGGCAGCAGCAGCAGCAGCAGCAGCAGUGGCGUCGACCAUGGAAGCGGCAGUGGCAGCAGCAGUGGCAGUAGCGGUGGCCCGGUGUUUGUGCACAAGCUGUGCUGCAACCCGAAGUGCUGCUCGCUGGACGGCCCAAGCGCGUUGAUCGCGCCCCGCAGCGGCAAGACGUGCGUGCGGUGCCGUGCUGCCACGUACUGCUGCGGCGCGUGCCAGCUGGCGGACUGGCGUGAGCGGCACUCUGGCACCUGCAGUGGAGCGGCGGCAGGGGCGGCAGGGGCAGUGCAGGCAGGGGCGAAGAUGGCAGGAGUGUAAGCUAUUGAGACAAACACGUGACGCGUGGAGGUGCUCGAAUGCUGCGUGUGAUGGCACCUGAGCAGUGGCUUGUGGAGCAUGCACGUACUUCGGGGCAGGGGCGGGUGCCCCUAAUUGUGUGGUAGACGCCGCCUGCACCCGCAGCUGUAGGGACCUCAUUGGAGGUGGGACGCCCUGGUUGGCAAGGCAUGAGGAGCCCUCCAUGAGCGGGGGAAAGCGCGGUUGCUCUGCUAUAGCCUACAGCAAUGAGCCGAUGACUCAGUGCAGUUGGGGUUUGCUGCGAGCGCAGUUGCCCCGGGAUUGGGGGUCGGGAGCGGCGUACCGGCAUAUGCGGAGGCUGUUGUGGAUGGGUUGGUGUGUUGCGGCGGCGGAGCGUCCAUGUGUACGGCAUGACGGUAUGUGCUCGUGUGCAGUUACUGCGGAGCUUUAAACGAAGGACAGAUGGAAGCGGGAAAAGGUCUGAACAUCU